GCCCGGCAGGCCAGGCACGAACUGGCGCCAUGUCUCGCCCAAGCCACGACGGACGAGUGCGCCGGUGUCCUCUUGGAGCAUAAGACGGCGGCGGUCGUCGGUCCGGCGCAAGGAACCAAGCCACAUCCUUGGGUUGAUAAAGAAUGCGGCCACGACGGAAGCGGACAGGCUGCGCAAGGAGAAGGCCGCGCUCAAGGAGCAGGCGGCGAGGCUGCACGAGGAGGCAGUUGCGCUGGGAGCGGGGCGGCGGCGGACCGUGAAACCGCCUCCGUUGGGCACCAGGAGGCGCGUCGCGGGGAGGACGGCACCAGGCCGCCGUAAAAUCUUCCACCUCGCGGCCAACAAGUAUGAGCCGUGAGGAGGAGGCGCGUCGCUGGAAGGACUCCGACAGGAGGCCGUCGGCUCUGGCACACCUGCCGCAGACGAGCUCAGGAGGAGGAGCGGAGUAGGGUCCUGUGAUGCUUUGCUGGCGCGAGUCGGAGCAAAAAAGAAUUGGGAAUCUUCCGUGCUCCAUACUGCGCCAGCUUUGUCUAAAGCACCAACAGAAAUGGGAACGCCACAGAUGCACAACCAAAGCUUCACUACCUUUCUGCUAUGGUUCUUCAUACGAAGUGUUAAUGCAUUUGUUGAUACUCUAUUGGAGGACAAGUUCAGGCACAGAGAAUGUUUCUCGAAGUUUGGAAUUCCUUUCACCUGACUUUGUUCAGGAUUUCUUCACACUUCAGAAUUGUGAUGCCUCCAAUUACUUAUGUCGCCGCUGCGUCUGCCGCCUCCGAGCUGGGAGACCGUGGCCUCGCUGUCGCCGCAUUUGCCCGCCGUUCAUGCAAGGUCCCCCAAAACCUGGUUAGUUGUUUGUACUUUAUUGGGCACAUAUAUGGUACAGAUGUUUUCAUUCAUACUUUCACAAUUUUUGUCUCCAUCUUAAUAUAUAACCAUUUCUACGAUACACGGACUGCAAUUUUAAAAUACUUAAGCCGCUCGGUUCC